UGAAAGCUGGAUGGUCCAUGCCCGCCAAAUCAAUCGCUAUUAUGUCAACGGCAAUCCCACUACUCUCGUCGCGCCACGUGGCAGUGAUCGGCGCCGGGGCCGCAGGUCUAGUGGCGGCACGCGAGCUCCGACGAGAAGGGCAUCGAGUGGUGGUUUUCGAGCGAGGGGACCAAGUAGGUGGCUCGUGGGUCUACACUGCAGAGGUGGAAUCGGAGCCACUUGGGUUGGACCCAAAGCGAAGGUUGGUCCACUCGAGCCUGUACGAUUCGCUCCGAACGAACCUUCCUCGAGAGGUAAUGGGGUUCCGAGAUUACCCUUUCGGAAGGAAGGAAGGGAAGGGGAGAGAUUCGAGAAGGUUCCCAGGUCACAGAGAGGUGUUGAUGUAUUUGAAGGAUUUCGCUGCUGAUUUUCAGAUCGAUGAAUUGGUGAGGCUUGAAACGGAGGUGGUUUUUGCUGGGUUGGGUGACGGUGGAAAAUGGACGGUCAGAUCAAGAUCAUCCAAUUGUGAUUGUGUGGAUGAGAUUUACGAUGCCCUCGUCAUUUGCAACGGACAUUACGUUCAGCCUCGUCUCGCUCAUAUCCCCGGUUAUUUUAUUUUCCUUAAAUUUAGAAUCUUUGCAGGCAUUAAUGCAUGGCCAGGGAAGCAGAUGCAUAGCCAUAAUUAUAGGACACCUGAGCCCUUUCAAGAUCAAGUUGUAGUUAUAAUAGGCAGUGCUGCUAGUGCGGUUGAUAUAUCUCGAGACAUUGCAACAGUAGCUAAAGAAGUUCACAUUGCUGCUAGGUCAGUUGAAGAAGAUAAGCUUGGAAAGAUGCCUGGUCAUGAUAACAUGUGGCUUCAUUCUAUGAUUGACAGCGUUCAUGAAGAUGGUUCAGUGGUUUUUAAAGAUGGAAAUGCAGUUGGUGCUGACUUCAUUGUACAUUGCACAGGGUACAAGUAUGAUUUCCCUUUCCUUGAAACCAAUGGCGCGGUGACUGUGGAUGACAACCGUGUAGGACCACUCUACAAGCAUGUUUUUCCACCGGCGUUGGCUCCAUGGCUUUCAUUUGUUGGGUUGCCUUGGAAGGUUGUUCCCACUUCCCAUGUCAUAGUUGUUCCCUUCCCCAUGUUCGAAAUGCAAAGCAAGUGGAUAGCUGGAAUUUUGUCUAAUCGCAUUGCACUUCCUUCAAAAGAGGAGAUGGUUGAAGAUAUUGAAGCUUUUUACUCAUCACUUGAAGCGUCUGGCACUCCUAAGAGUUAUACUCAUAAUAUGGGCCAUUUUCAGGUUUGUUGGGACUACAAUAACUGGAUUGCCGAUCAGUGUGGAAUUCCUGCUAUUGAAGAAUGGAUUGUGCAAAUGUAUAUGGCCACAUCUAAGAACAGGCUCUUGCGAUCUGAGUCUUACCGUGACGAGUGGGAGGAUGAUGACUUAGUUCUGCAAGCUCAACGGGAUUUUGAUAAUUAUCUGAUCUGAUGUUGUAACAAACCCUAAGCCAAGUUAGUGAUGUGCUUUGCUCACAAUUCAGUGUUAAGAAUAAUGAUCAUAAAGUCAGUUUUACA